GGUCUGCAGACUUACUCAACAUGAAUGUUGUCAAGGAGAUUCAGAAGAUCAACGAGCACGAGCUUCAGCUCGGAACUCGGGGUUCAUGGCAUGAUCAAUACAAAGACUCUGCUUACAUCUUUAUCGGUGGACUACCAUAUGAGCUCACUGAAGGAGAUGUCAUCUCAAUUUUUUCUCAGUACGGGGAGCCAGUCAAUGUUAACAUGCCGCGUGACAAAGUAACCGGCAAGCCGAAAGGGUUCGCCUUUCUCAUGUAUGAGGAUCAGCAAUCAACGGUAUUAGCCGUGGAUAAUCUGAACGGCGCCAACAUCGUUGGGCGUACAAUACGGGUCGAUCAUGUCUCGAAGUACAAGAACCUAGAGAGAGGAGAAGAUGGCAAGAUGAAGGAGGCGGAAGAGGAGCAGUUCAAUGCGAUGCCUCAGAUGAUUGAAGACGGAGGAGAUGAAAGUGAAGAAAGCGUGUCGGAUGCACCGAGCAUUGACCCUGAAGACCCGAUGCGUGAUUGGCUCCUCCAGCGGCGGAAAGAGGAGAAAGCCGCAACAAAGACGGAGAAAAAGAAAAAGCGCAAGCGUGAGCAUGAACUCCCCGAAGAGAGAGUGGCACGGAAAGAGAGAAAACGCCUGAAAAAGCUGGGAAUCAAGGCCGACCAGAAUGUGAAGUCGAUCAGCAUGACUGACCGUUUGACCGCUCGCGAACCUGAUGACCACGACCGCAAACGAAGACAUUACGGUGAAGACCGAAAAUGGGAAGAUAGUGGCCGUGGCGCAACUUAUCGCGAGGACAGAAAUGAUCGACCUCGAGAUAGGGACACUUAUGAUGACCGAGAACGGAGAAGCGACAGAUCACCACGACGGUCACCCACCCAACGGGGUAGAAGUUAUCGAGACGACAGGCGAUAGGAACAACCAUGAAUAUCUGUACUUCUUGUUCACAUUGGGAUUAUUAUGAUACUAAACGACUGGGCGGCGCAGUGGUCAGAGGUCAAAUGUGUCACAGGUGCCAGCGGAACCGUUUCGCAUCAGCCAAGAAUUGAUCGGAAGUUGUAAAUGAAAUGAGCUAAAUUACAAGAAUUGUGACAUAUAAAACAUGCAACUUUAGGCCGUUCUGAUAUCCAGAAGCUAUGAGUCUGCCAUGCUGCGCCACAUCCCUGCGUCAGGAAGUCCAUCACUUGUAUCCUGCAUUUCCGUUGCCAUCCUGCGAGCCUUUUCCGAAGGAGACAAUCCUUCCAGCUCAGCAUGUUCCUCUUCAAUGGAAGUAUUAAACUCAAAGAUGGGGCCCGGGUCAAUGUGGGUGUGCAAAUCUCUCCGUGCAUACGCCUCAUUGCGUCGAGUGGCUGAAGAGGACCGCUUCUUGCGAGGUGGUAUUGUGACAUUGUGCGCAACAUCGGUCCGCAUCGCAACACGAAGGGGAGGAACCAUGACGCCAGCACGAUCAACAAGGCUUGUUUUGGGCUCAAAUUCGAUAUCCAAAUUGUGAUACCGGGCACGACGUGCAAUCGGACUGAUAUCAAUGGGUGCUGAAGCUGCAAUGGGUGGUUGGGAGCUCGUCGUUGCACCUGGAACAGCCUGACCCUGGGAAGAAGUUGCGGAAGGUGUAGUGUCUUCGUAAAGUUCCUCCUCCAAAUCAAAAGCAGAUUUCUCUUGAAACACUUUUGAGUACAGAUCCCAGCCUCGUCCGUCCUUCCAAGCAGAACGGUGACUAGGAAGAUAACCUCCCACAAGUUCUUUCAAUUUCUCCUCUGUUGAGAUCAUCUUGGAUGACGUUUCAGAGGCAUCCGUGUUCGAUCUGGAUGGUUUGAGAGGGUUGCGAGGUAGCGUGAAGUACGUAGGCAAAUUGUUCGACUCUUCCUCAACAGUAGCCAAUUUUUGUGAGGCUUGUGGCACUUCGGCAGCAUCUCCUUUCCGGCCAGGAACGAUGAUUUCAUAUGGUUUUUUGAGCUUUCGGCGUUCAGGCUGACUGGGAAGAUCCACGUCAAAGUCAAAUAUUGGUUCAUCAUCUGACGCUUUGCGCGAUCCCGAUUCUUUGGCUGCUUUCGGCGGAGUGGUUGCCUUGUCUUCCUCGAAAGUAACAUGUUUUGGUCGCGUGUCUUCUACGCGUGAACGACUGCUCGGGGUUAUUGGCUGGACUGCUUCUGGUUUUGCAAGACCGUUGAGCGUCGAGUCUCGCUCACGUGGGGUGCGCUCGCGUGAUACACCUUCCCUCGAUCCAGCUCUAUCACGCUCCCGUUGCGCAGCAAUCUCUUCGACCCCUACGCGACCGCGAAGGGAAGGACGGCUGCCAUCGCGGGCUGUGUCUGUGUGAAGUGACGACUUUUCCUCAAUUGGCUCCAGGUUGCUUCGGGACAAUGCCCUUCCACGCGGUCCGCUCAAUUGAGUAGUAAGGCGUAACGACAUUGCCACAUCUUGUAGAUGAGAGCUUCCUGUCAGAACACGGAGAUGCGGCAUAGGAAUUGAGUGCUCGACAUCCUCCAGAUCAUCAUCUGGAGUAGUGGGUAUGGAUAGAUCGACGGAGUCUUCGUCCAUUUGGUUUUCUUCCUCUGCUUGAGCACGAGGAUGAUGCAUAACACCCCCAGAGCGCAGCGACAUAGAGAGCAAAGACACUGAUGACGUUUCCCGCGACAUAACUCGAGCACGUUCGCGUGAACUAUUACGGGUCGCCGCAGAUGGGACGAAGUCAGUAACCCGCGACACAGGUGGUGAUGAUACAGCUUGCGCUUCUGUUUCCCGCUGCCGACGUAGUUCUGCAUCAGUACGCGAAGAAGCGGAGUAAUUUUGUCGAGACUCCCGCCAGGAGGACCAAAGGAGCUCGACCUCGUGACGUAGUCGUGUAUCAAGCAGCUGCAGCUGCGCAACUCGUUGCUUGACGAGCACAGCUAGCUCAUCUUCUGCUUUCCUCCGGGCUUCGUUGGAGGCGCUGCUAGCAAGCAUAGCUAGGUGUUGAAACAUAGGGUGAGAGGGUGUCUGAGGCGGCGGUAGGAAUAACGCCGGUAUGUUGGGGAGGACUGGUUCAAGAGCCAGGCUGGGGACAUAUAGAUCGGACGGAGUUGUAGGCAUCGAUUCAGGGAUAAGAAGGGAGAAUGUAGACGAAUAUCGCGAGGAUUUCUGAGCUUCAGUCAUUGAGACACCAGGCGAGCAACCACCGGCUUGUGUGUUCACCUCUAUCCAGCCAUCGCCACUUUUGAGCACUUCUGUUUCAAUCCAAUCGUCACUGGGCACAACGGGACCCUCUGUAACUCCGGUAUCUAAUGGCCAAGAGAGCUUCUGCAGUGUACGAUACGCUGGGGUACGGCAUGCAAGACAAGUAAGGACCGUGGAACAUAGUGCGUAGUUUUUCUCAUUUGAAGGCUGUGAGAUCGUGGAACGAGUCCUCAUGGUCAUAUCAACGUGGGUAAUCUGGAUACCUGCUUCCCCCACAAAAACCCUCGUCCACCCAUCCUCUUCUAUCUGUUCCACCCCAUUCUGCUCGCCGUUGGGAUACCGAUAUAGCCUUACAUUCAAGCAUGGACAAGUAAAGGUUGGGUCGGCCAUCGGAACAUUCAGGUGAGCAGGUGAGCGGGUUAGUCUUGCA